AGAUAUGGAAAUAUUCAAUUAUCUGUUCUUUCUAGUUCAGUCCUCGGUCUUGUUUUUCGUGUCUUCUUCUCUGUUGCAUGUGAUGCUAUGCAGAUUGUACGGAGCUCGGAAACUUUCCGGCAAGUGCUCCAGUCACGGUCCUCCGACCUAUCCGAUCAUCGGUUGCUUGGUUUCCUUCUAUAAGAACAAAACCCGUCUACUAGAUUGGUAUACUGAGCUCCUAACGGAAUCUGCUACUAACACGAUCGUGGUGCGGCGGUUUGGGGCACGGAGGACCGUCGUCACAGCUAACCCUGACAACGUGGAGUACAUGCUCAAGACAAAUUUCGGCAACUUUCCUAAAGGCAAACCCUUCACCGAAAUCCUUGGCGACUUUCUCGGAUACGGAAUCUUCAACGUUGACGGAGACCUCUGGCUCGCGCAGCGCAAGUUAGCGAGUCAUGCCUUCAGCACCAAGUCGCUAAGGGAAUUCGUGAUUUGUACGUUGGAGGAGGAAGUGGAAAACCAUCUGGUGCCAGUUUUGGAGUCGUCGGCCGAGGCAGCGGAGGUGGUAGAUCUGCAGGAGCUGUUACGGAGAGCGGCUUUCAAUAUGAUAUGUAAGAUUUCCUUAGGGAUAGAUCGGUGUAGUUUGGAUCCAUCUUUACCGGCUUCGCCGCUGGACAAAGCUUUUGACAUAGCGUCGGAGAUAUGCGCCAGGCGCGGAGCUGCACCGUUGUUCUUGGUUUGGAAGAUUAAAAAAUGGCUGGGAAUCGGAUCCGAGAAAAAGCUCAAGGACGCCAUUCAAGAAGUUCAUGCUUAUGUUGCCAGCAUAAUCAAAGAUAGGAAGGAAAAGAUCGAAAAUGGAGAGAAUGAAAUCAGCUGCCGCCAUCAAGAUCUGUUAUCGAGAAUGAUCGUUGCUGGUCAUGAAGAGGAGGUGAUAAGAGACAUGAUGAUUAGUUUCAUCCUGGCGGGAAGAGAUACGACUUCUGCCGCAAUGACAUGGUUGUUCUGGUUGCUCUCCUGCCAUCCAGAGAUAGAGCAGGAGCUGGUGAAGGAGACGACUUCCAUGGCGUCAGAGAGCAUGUUGGAUUAUGAAGCCUUGAAGAGAUUAAAACUUUUGAAAGCCUGCAUCUGUGAAUCCAUGCGGCUUUAUCCUCCGGUAGCGUGGGACUCGAAGCACGCCAUGGACGACGACUUGUUACCGGACGGAACACCAGUCCGAGCAGGAGACAGGGUAACGUAUUUUCCUUAUGGCAUGGGAAGAAUGGAAGCACUGUGGGGGAAGGACUGGUUCGAAUUCAAACCGAACCGGUGGUUUAACAACAAUGGAGGAGGAGGUUCCUUGAAGCAGGUAUGUCCUUACAGUUUCCCGGUUUUCCAGGCCGGUCCAAGGGUUUGCCUUGGGAGAGAAAUGGCCUUUAUUCAGAUGAAAUAUGUUGCAGCGUCAAUUCUCCGGCAGUUUGAGAUUAAACCGGUCAGUUCAAACAAGCCGAUUUUCGUUCCGCUCUUGACGGCUCACAUGGCCGGCGGACUAAAGGUCUCGGUUCGCAAGAGAGAUGCAUUAAGAUAAAAAUAAAACUAAAAUCAAGAGGGGGAAAAAAAAUUCAUUGUUUAUGAAUUUGGAAAAUGUAUGAGCAAAGUAGCAGGCUAAUAUGCUAUCAUGUCACAUGUAUAAAAUAUUUAGACAUGA